AUGCGAGGCCCGACCAUUAUUAAGGCGGAGGAUGACAAGACACGGCAGCUCAACAAGCACACUCUCAUGGCCUUCUCGGGAGAGGCUGGAGAUACCGUGCAAUUCGCCGAAUACGUCCAAGCAAAUGUCUCUCUGUACACGAUGCGCAAUGACACCGAACUCAGCCCUGCCGCCGUUUCUAGCUUUGUCCGAGGAGAGUUGGCACGCAGCUUGCGGUCACGAAGCCCUUACACAGUCAACCUCCUGCUUGGAGGAGUGGACCCGGUGACCCAGGAGCCAAGCUUGUACUGGAUUGAUUAUUUGGCCUCGUUGGCUCCCGUACCAUAUGCCGCCCACGGCUAUGCCCAAUACUACUGCCUUUCCCUACUCGACAAACAUCACAACCCGAACAUUUCUCUGGAGGAAGGAAUGAAGCUCCUCGAAAGGUGCACAGAUGAGCUCAAGCGCCGACUACCGAUUGACUACAAAGGAGUGUUGGUGAAGGUGAUCACCAAGGAUGGAGUCAAGGUGAUGGAUUUCGAUAAUGAUAGAGUUGUGCGCAGUGCUUAA